UUUCUACAGUAUUUCAUUUCUAACAAGGUUAUUACAGUAUUAUUCAAGUACUCGGCAAGUUUGCAAGAGCAAAGCAGAAAAGAUGGAAGCAAAAGGGAUAAUCACUAUGCUAGCACUAGCAAUGUUUGUUGCUCACCAAUUGUCUGUCACUAGUGCUGGUCGAAUUGGGGUUUGCUACGGAACAGUUGCAGACAAUCUACCUUCACCACAAGAAGUAAUAAAUCUCUACAAAAAAUAUGGAAUCCAAAUGAUGAGAUUAUUUGCACCAACACCUGAAAUAUUAGAAGCAUUAAGAGGAACUGGGAUUUUAGUCUCAGUUGGUGUCGAGAAUGAAGAUUUAAAGGUUCUUUCAUCGAGCCAAGAGUCUGCUAAUUCAUGGGUGGCAACACAUAUUGUCCUGUACAAAGAUAACGUUACGUUUGGUUGGAUCUCAGCUGGAAACGAAGUUAUCCCUGGAACACUGGCUCAGUAUGUCCCUGGAGCCAUGACCAACAUUUAUAACGCUCUGGUGAAUGUCAGCUUAGAUCAGAUUAAGGUUACUACAGUUGUUCCAGCAUCUGCUCUUGGCACUACUUACCCUCCUUCAGCAGGUGCUUUUAAGGAUGAAGUUGUCGAUGUUAUGACUCAAGUUUCCAAAUUUUUACAAAGUCAUGGUGCAACAUUAAUGGUUAAUGUAUACCCAUACUUUGCUUAUGCCGAAAAUUCAGCAGAUAUUUCUCUGCCUUAUGCACAAUUUGCUGCUGAUAAACCUAUUGUAGAUGGAAACUUGAGUUAUUACAGUCUCUAUGCUGCGAUGGUAGAUUGUUUCAAUGCAGCUUUAGAGAAGAUAGGUGCACCUGAUGUUGCGGUUGUUGUAUCUGAAAGUGGUUGGCCAAGCGCUGGAAAUGAGCCUUAUACAAGUGUAGCUAAUGCAAAGGCUUACAAUGCGAACCUUAUUAAGAGCGUUUUGAGCGAGGGAACCCCAAGAAGACCCAAUCAGCAAUACGAUGCAUUUCUGUUUGCGAUGUUUAAUGAGGAUUUAAAAAUGCCUGCUGGUGUUGAACAGAAUUUUGGUUUAUUUUAUCCUAAUAUGGACCCUGUUUAUCCCUUAUUUUGAUGUUCAUUUGGUUCCAAGGUCACGCCCAUGAUCUAGGAUUUGCUUAACAGUAGUUUAAUUAGAUUUUUUACUCGU